AUAGCAACGUCGAAGGAUUAGAAUGAAAAGACUGGGUCAAAACAUGAAAAACUAACUAAUGCUGCGCUUGGAUCGUAUUUCAGUGAGAGCACGAUGGUAAAUGCCUUCACGGUAAACGGGACUUGCAGCCAGAGUUCAAAUAUCUCAUCUUUUUGCCGUGAGCCAUAUCAUAAUUUUCUACCGGAUGUUGUUUAGCAGUGAUUUGUUUACUGAAAUUACCAUAGCAACGCGUGCCAUCGUGCUGGCUUACUUUUGCGGUCACCCGCUUUCUUCUUUUUUAAUAAAUAAAAAACGCUUUCUUGUCCCGAAAUGCCGACUGGUAUGGCCGUUUUUGCGUCCCUCUUCUAACGCAGCAUAACGACCAGCCGUCCCACUUGUAAUUAAUUUGGAAUAUUCGGUGAGGGUUGUUGACGUCGAGAGAGGCUACUAGCCUCAUGUCAUGAAUAGCCAUCUCGAGACAACUCAAACUUGCCGGGGUGUCACGUGGCCUACUUAUAUCAGUACAAUCGUAACAACAUAAGCAUUAUAUUAUAUCAAAUAAACCUCACGUGGCAAAUAAGACAUUCACUGUUUUGUUUAGCAAAUUCGACACUGGCCUCCAUUCUAAAAAUAAAAAGAUACUCCACCUGCUGGAGGGAAACAGAUUUUCCGCCGAGUUGGGCCUCUUCCUCCUCUCUGGGAAAACCAAAGUUUUGACAGGAACUAAAUUCCAAAAUGGGGAAGGUACAGGUAGCUAACUGGGAUAACCGACUCGCUCAGCGUUGGACUAAGCUCAUUGUUUACAUGUCGGCCAGGGAAGGAAUUUGAUGGUAGGCCUGCAAGCGGGGUGACCAGUGCCUGUUAUACAGGCAGUAGAGUAGGCCAGGAUGCCAGAGAUGACAGAGAACCAGACUCCUGGCCAUAAACCACGAAAGAAGAAAAACAAGGAAUCUCACAAUGCAGUUGAGAGACAGCGAAAAGAGAAGAUCAAUGCUGGAAUUAACCGUAUUGGGGACCUUCUACCAUGUUCCCAGGCACUGAAGCAGAGUAAGAACAUGAUCCUUGACCAGGCCUACCUUUACAUAAGUGAGCUGCAGAAACAAAAUGACGCCAUGCUUCUCGAAGGGGGAGAACAAGUACAAGUUGAGGAGAUCCGGCGGCUGCGGCAUCAGCUGGACGAGCUGCGGCGGGAGAGCGGCCAUUACAUUGAGUUGCUCAAAGCCCACGACAUCAACUUCCUGGACGACCCCACCGUCCACUGGAAGGGAAAGCUGCGCUGUGCAAAGGUCGCCAAAGUAACGCCCACUCACCAGCUCCCCAAAGGAAUUAUUGUCUACUCCAAUGGGAAUGUGAUAUGCCCAGCAGGGAAGGAACCUAGUCCAGCUUCCGAUCUGGGGAAGCAACCAGUCAUGGCUGGGAUUGUUCAGUCGUCUUGUGACAUCACAGCAGGGGUUAGGGUGAACGUGGCUCUUCAGCACGUCAGUGUCCCUUCCUCUGCCCCUCCGCUCCUCCCUAAGGCAACCCUAGCCCCUAUAGUGUCUACACCUGGCAUGAAGCUGGUGGAACAGUGUGUAGAAGAGGUACCUUUAGCCCCCAAACUACCCCCCUCUGUGUCCUACAUCACCCUCCAGGGUAUCUGCCCACUCCCCACGAUCACUGCAGCCUUCCCCCAGCCUGCCACCCCAGCCCCUAGUCUCCCCGUUGCAGCCAGUUUGGCCACCCCACUCUCGCUCCAUCCUGUCCCCAGCUUUACAGCCCUUCCCCAGGUCAUAACCACCCAGAACGCUGCCAUCAGGACUAUGAGCUAUACGACUAUCAACAGCAGCCCAACCAUCCUCGGGGCCAGUGCAGCAGGGAGCACACAGACCACCUGGACUACCUUACAGCUGGCUGGGAACACAGUGCAACCUGUCUGCCAGUCACUCCCCACCCCAGAGACUAGCACCUCUGGGCAGCAGAGUAUCCAACAGAUUGUGGGCACUAAACUAUCAGUUCAACCCAUUCAUAUUCAAAUGAGGCCACAGGUAACCAUACAGCCCCAGGCACCCAUCACUGCCCAUAUCCAAGCCCAGCCUUCCAUCCAGAGGACACCCCAGCUACGGCCAGCUAUCCUGGCCCAGCACCAGCCCCAUCCAGUCAUGGCUUCCCAGCCACACUGUACUGUCCUCCCUCAGUCAGCCAUCAUGCCCCAGCCUGCUGCGGUAGCCCACUCAACUAUGAUAUCACGACCUCAACCUGCUGUACAACAACAGGCAACAGUCCCCUCCCAUCCACAGACUGUCCUCAUGACUCAACCCCAACCAGCUAUGCUUCCUCAGGUCCAGGCUCAAGCCCACCCCCAGGCAGCUGUUAGGCCCCUCCUCCAGACCAUGCAGGUAUUGCAAAUGAACCCUACUGGGACAGCAACUGCUGGGGUAACGACUCCCCAGAACACUAACAACCCGAGUGUUGUCAUCCUACAGCAGGCCAGUCCCUGCUCAGCCCAGUCGGUUGUCAGUGACGACUUAACCAAUCAGACGCCUUGUCAGCACAUCGUCAUCAUCCAGGCCUCCAAUCAGCCUCCACCUCCUCAGAACCCUCAGGUUGGCAUGGUGCCCGCAGCAGCACCCAAUCAGAUUGUCGCUACCAGCUCCACAACUUCCACCACUGGGCAACAGAUCGUUGGGGGUAAACAGUUGGUUCACAUUCUACCACGUCCCGUCCCUCAAACCCAGACACCCCAAGCCCCCCCGGUUCCCCCGAACCCUCAGACCAUCACUGUGAACGGGCAGGUGUUUGCCUUGCAGACCAUGAAGACCUCUGAAAAGUCAGGCUGUAAGGGUGGCCAGAGCAGUCUCCAGCUGAUCCAGCCCAGCACCGCUGAGGAGCCCAGCACUGCUAAGGAGCCCACCACCAACAUGCACACCCUGGGAGCCCUCAGCAGCCUCAACCAGAGCAUCUCACAGGGCAUGCCGUCAUGCAUCUCCACCCAGAGUAACGUCCAGCGACCGUCCCUAGCCUCACCAUCCUACUCUAUAGUGCCACAGCAGAAGCCAUCUUCUGUCCCCAUUUUAGCAGCUCCACACAGUUCCCCCGUCAGGCAGAUCCCCAGUGUGACUCCACACAGACCAGGGCUGGCGAUGGGUACAGGGAAGGCCUUGUGGAGUCAGCCUGAAACAGCCUCAGUGCCCAGACCUAAGAGGGCCAUCACCAAGAGGACCAAGUUAGUGAGUAAGAAUGAGCCCAAACAGGGACGGCCUGUCACCAUCUCAGCGAAGCCAGUGGCUUUAACAGGGGACCGUCUGGAACAAGAGGUCACUGUGCCUCAGGGAAUCCCAUCCUCUGUUGCUGUGACAGUUCAGCCAAAGCCACUCCCUGUCAGCACUACAGCUAACACACCCACAGUUAGUAGUAGUGAGGCUUCAACACAGACCAGACCUGUUGAGCUUAGUAUCAACUCUACACUGUCCUCUCCUGAAAGUAAUAGUGUGACUACUAGUUCAUAUAGUGGACCAACUGUCUCCAGUGAAUGCACCACACGGAGUAAAACCUCUGUGACAAGUGUCACUCUGUGUACAGCAGCAGUUAGUAGUAGUAGUAUUUUUAGCUCCACACAGAGUGAACUCAUUAUCACUAGUGUUGUGAGUCUAGCUACUGUCACUUCUGCAGCAGAUAAGCCUACAGUCACUUCUACUGUUUCUUCUCAGAGUAAACAACCUGCGGUCGCCAUUAGUGACAGGUCCACUCACCUCAGACCUACAGUCACUUCUACUGUUUCUUCUCAGAGUAAACAACCUGCGGUCGCCGUUAGUGACAGGUCCACUCACCUCAGACCUACAGUCACUUCUACUGUUUCUUCUCAGAGUAAACAACCUGCGGUCGCCGUUAGUGACAGGUCCACUCACCUCAGACCUACAGUCACUUCUACUGUUUCUUCUCAGAGUAAACAACCUGCGGUCGCCGUUAGUGACAGGUCCACUCACCUCAGACCUACAGUCACUUCUACUGUUUCUUCUCAGAGUAAACAACCUGCGGUCGCCGUUAGUGACAGGUCCACUCACCUCAGACCUACAGUCACACAGAACAGACAGCCGGUCACUACUAUCAGCACUGUGCAAACUAGAUCAACUAUCACUAAUGGCAGUUCUAGACAGAGCAGAUCUACUGGUGCCUGUUCCACAGAGACUAGAUCUAGGUCUACGGGUGUGAUGUCUUCAGCAGCAUGUCAACCCUCAGUCAGCACUGUAAACUCAAUAGGAAAUAGACCAGUGGUGUCUCUCCAGUCUGCUCAGCUCAAUUCGUCAUCACAGGGUCAGACCAAGCCAGCCAACAGCCAGGAGUCUCAGCCUACAACCCAGACCCAGUCCCAGCCCGUGGCUUCUCCUUCGGGCCCCUCCACUCCAACCCUCUGUUCUGGCGCCCUGUCUUUACCCUCACCCUCUGUAACAGUCCCCAUGACCAUGCCAUCAGAAUACAGGAAAUGGGUCCCCUAUAACAGACCCUCCACCCAGCAAAUGACCAUGCCCACUUCCACACCAUCCCAUCCUGCUGAGCUCAAAGUGACAGCGGUGUCAGGCAGGGAGAAGGAACCUCAGGCAGAGAGCCACCCCAGUGCAGCGAUGGAGAAAGCGAGCGUGAGGAGUGAUGCUGCUCCCUCUAGAAUGGACUACACUCUCCCACAGCAGGUGUACGUGCUAGACCACGAACCCUUGGAUCAGCCUCCGGCUCCUAAUAGACAGACUGACUCGCUCAUGUCUGGUGGCGCAGGUGGUGGAAGGGGCUUCUCUGUGGCGUCUAUGCUUCCGACCGGCCACAGUGUCAGUUCCCCGCCAGGUCAUUUUGGAUCGUUUACUUUUGCCAGUGAGCAGACUGAUAUCCUGGCUAUGUUGGAGCAGGACAGUCCUGGGAGGAGGGUGGGGGGCUGCACCGUGGACAACUCCACCUCAACAAACACCCCAACACCUGCAUGGGAACCCAACUCCAAGUCCCAGCAAGCCUCCAACAGAAAAGAGAGGAGUGCUGGACAACAGACAAAGCUCACCAAACCGAUGGAGACUCCAGUGGCUAAACAGGUGUCUGUUAGGGUCCAGGCUGGAGAUCAGACAUUUGCAGUCAGACAUCCACAGAACAUCUCCUUCUCCCAGUCCCACUCUCACCCCCAGAGCCAGGCUCAGUCUGGUACUUCCGGGACCCUCAGCAUCAACAACCUGAUCCGGCCCAGCUCCAGUCAGCAGCAGGCCUACCCAGGCUCCCUCAGUCUGGCUGGGCAGCUGGGCUCAGUCCCAUCCCCUGUAGGGAACUCAGCCCAUGUUUCCCAAACCUCCACCCCUGUCCUUCCUCCCUUCUCAGGCUCAGUCCAGCUGAACGAGUACGCCCCCCUGAUGAGGCCCCAGGUGGGGGUGGGUGAGCCGCGAUACAUCAAGGACUUGUCCAAGAGGCCAGCCCAGGAUGAUGUGAUACUGUCCAGCAGUAACAAGCGACAGAAGACCUGCUCGUCGGCCUCUAACGUGGGCCGCAUGGAGGUCAAACCCCUGGACCACAGCCAGAUGAUGGUACCCCAGCUACCCCCUACCACCUCAUCCAUCAUGACCAGGAUCAACCCAGACGGAGUGGGUACCCUGUUCUCGGGCAACACCUUCAUGAGUACAAUGCUCCGACCCACCGAGAGCCACUGCACCCCCCAGCUGCCCACACAGGAACACAACCAACCAGGUGUGCUCCACCUUCCCCAUGGCCACCCCCAGCAUGGGGCACCCCAGCCAGGCCAACACCUCGGGGGCAACCCCUACCUGAAGCAGCAGCAACAACAACAACAACAACAGGAGCACCAGGGGCACCACCUGUACCAGCUCCAGCAUCACCUGACCCAGCCUGACCCUGCACACCUCCACAGCCUCCACCAGAGGGCGCUUCAGCAGGUCCAGAAGAAGCGGGGGCUGGUUGGAGGGGGUCAGAAACAACACCACCAGGAGAAGGGAGGAGUUCAGCAGCACCAGCAUCAACAGUCACAACAAUCACAUCAACAACAACCUCAAACACAGCAGCAGCACCAGCAACAGUCACAACAACAGCACCAACAGCAAACACAACAACAGCACCAACCACAAGCCCUGUCACAGCAGCAACAUCUGCAACAACACCCUCAACAGCAGCACCAGCAGCAGAGCUCCCACUCCAGACACCAGCACCUCCAGCAGCAACAGAUCCAGCACUUUGGGUCGCAGCACCAGGAGAAGAGCUGUGAGGCCCAGCCAGGACCAGCGGGACCCAGAGGUCACCACAGCAGCCACCUGGCCCAGGAACACCUCAAGUCUGAUCAGGACCACAGCACCAUGCAGAGGCUGAUGAGCUCUAGAAACCUGGAGCAGCACCUGACCUCCCAGCCCAGCAACCCUGCCUCCCAGCCCUCCGACCUGGGCUGUGUUCCCCCGCGCCAGGAUCACCACCGCGUCUCCAGCUACUCUGCAGAGGCCCUCAUUGGGAAGGGCUCGUCUAGUGAUGAGCAGCAGCGCAUGGUGCUCCAUCUGCAGGCCACCCGCGGUACUACACAGGAACAGCCAGACCUACGGGGAUACCUGGACACACCCAGAGUGAAGGGCAAUGUCACACACAACCCUCAGAGCCGGCUGCCCCCAGACCACCCAGGUUCUGCAGACGUCCAGAGGGUCUCUGAGUGUCCUCCGUUUAAAACAAUGGCCGGUGCUGAAGGGGGGCAUCAGCUCGGGGGCUUUGAGGACAUGACACCUAAAUCAGGUCCCUCCUCUCAGAGAGGCCAGCAGGGGGGUUUCAGGAUGAACCCGGGGCCUCCAGGGGAUGGGCGAACCCGUGGGGGGUACAGUGGACCCCAUCCUGGGACGCAGGGGGUGCAGAUUGGUGCUCCAGGUCUUACCCGGGACCAGGAGGGGUGUCAUCAGAGUUUUAUGCAGAGUCUCCUGGAGCAGACCGACCACCAGAGGGCAGUCCAGUGCUGUCCUCCGGUCAGUAUGGAGUACGGCUGUGUGUCUGGCAGCUCUGCAGGGGACAUGCAGGCUAAAGCAUCCAGCCCCAGUGUUCCUCCCACUCAGAAGGCCUCAACUAUGAGGCUUGGGGAGGGCAACAAGGGCCACAUUCCUCAUGGUAGUGGGAACAUGGGCACCCACCCAGGGGUACGGACAGGCCUCCCCCACCCCCUUACCCCUCACAACAGCUCUGAGCCAGGCCGCACCACAGCCUCCUCCAGACCGCCCACCGCAGUCAGCCAGCGCUCCCGCCACAUCACCCAGGAGGCCCAGAGCGGGAAGCUGAGGCCUGGAGAGCGACCACGGUCAGGCAGCCUGAGACCUGGGAACCCCUUUGAGCCUGACGUCCACCUGCUGGGUCGACCACAGUCGGGGAGUGAGGCGCAGCGCAGCAGUAUCGUUCGCUUUAUGGCAGACAGUGCCCAGGUCUCCGGGGACAACAACCUGGUGCCUGACCAACACCUGGCCCAGAACUUUGGCUUCUCCUUCAUGCCGGAUGGAGGACUGAACCUCCCUCCUAUCAAUGCCAAUUCUACUUUCAUCCCCCCUGUUAGCCAGACCAACUCCUCCCGCCCCUCGUCCCUGCUCCCCGUAGAGCCGCAGAACACCUUACCCUCCUUCUACCCCUCCUACCCCCCUGCCGCCCACCCCAGCCUGGCCAGCGACAUCCCCAUCCAGUACUUCUCCAACCAGAUGUUCACCAGCCCCGGCGCCGACAAGAGCAGUUCUGCCCCCCUCAACAACCGCUUCGGCUCCAUCCUGUCUCCCCCGCGCUCCGUAGGGUUCGCCCAGGCAACCUUCCCCCUACUCUCAGACAUGCCCCCUAUGCCCAUCAGCAACUCCUCUGGCAUCACCCCACACCUGUCCAACUUCAGUCUCACUUCGCUGUUCCCUGAGAUCGCCACGGCGAUGCAGCCUGAUGGUUCUGCCAUGCCAAUGUCCCCUUUGCUGUCGCUCUCCAACAAUCCCUCUGCAGACUCAGGCAAGCAGCCCAACCGCCUCGCCCACAACAUCAGCCAUAUCCUGGGGCAUGAUGGUAGCUCUGCCGUGUAGGUGAGGGGACUUAAGGUGUUGUCGUGCCAACGUGGCAGUCAGGAAUGUUCUGAUUCCAUUUCAGAUGAAACAUUUAUUGAGUUGUAUUACGUGGAGUAAUGUCAUGGCCAAUUGAAUUGACAGGAUUUCAACUGUUCUGUUUGGAUUAAAGUGGGUGGAAGGGCUGGUGAUCUUUUCUAUUGGUCAGCUGAAUGGUUUUUAUCAUAUUAUUUAUGGUUAGUGUUAUACUUUAACUUCCUGGCAGUUCUAUCGAUACCCUAACAUGGCAGUGGGUGCCCUAGUUACUGAAGUCAUAGCGUUCCACUGAUCAGGCACUCCUAUGGCUCUAGGAUGGGGGAAAUGAAUCUCCUAAACCAUAUGGUUUGCAAAUAGGUCUGACGUGAUGACUUAUCUGCUAGUAAAAUGAUAUGAAGAGUUUUGUAAUUUCAUUGACUAACUUCUAAAAGAGAUUUGAAAAACAUGUGCACAAAAUUCUCAAACUUAAAUGUACUAACUUAAAAUCAGGGUGUACAGUACAGAAUAUAUGAGAUGUUUUGUAAAUACGUUUCUUAUGAUAAUUGUUAGUUUGUGUGUAUCUGUAAAUAAAUAAAGUUGAUUAACAUUU